AUGUACGAAAUACAAGAUCUAGACUAAAAAUAAGGAAAUACAUAUUAGAAUGAUUAAUAAUUUAAAAACCUUUAGUAACAAAUAAAUUACAAUAUGUAACUUAUUACUAUUAUAUUAAGACAACCAAAAUUUUAAUAGAAUUCAGAAUUGAUAUAAUAUGAGUAACCCCUCAUUCUAUAAUUAGUAUUAAAUAAAAUUGAGUCACUUGGAAAAACUAUAUCAUAAGUAUUAGCUAUUGAGAUGUUUAAAUAAUUUACUACCAAAACUAGAGGAUGGAGUUCAUAUUUAUUAUAAAAUGAAAUUUCAGAGUAGAGAAGGAAUUUUUUAAAUUUAUAAGAGGAUUGUUUAAAAAAUGGUUUAUAGGAAGAGUGGUAGGUAGCAAGAGAAGAAUUCAAGAAGUUUUUAAAGAUUUUAGAGGAUUUACUUUAAAAUUAAGAGCACAAAUAAUUAUUAUAAAAUAUUCUAUAACCUCCACCUGCAUUAUCUUUUAUAAUGAUUCAACCAGACAUGAAGUUCUUCAAUGCAUUAGAGAAUUAUCAUUAUUAAUCAAAAAUAAAUUUUCAUAAUUCUUUGUAGUUGGAUAAUACAGGAUAAGAUUUAUUGGAAAAGAUAUAAACUUAUAAGAAUGAAUUAUCAAAAUUUCUUUAUUUCAAAUUCAUUGAAUAAGGAAUUAGACAUCUUGAUUAACUUUUAAAUUUUGUUUUGAUUCAUAAGAUUUAAAAUAAUUAGUUUACAUUAUAAUUAUUAAAUGAUUAUAUUAGAUAAUUGAGAACUGAGAAUGAUAAAUAAUAAUUAUUGAAUGAGAUUUAAUUAAUAAUAAUAGUCUUUCCUGAAUUAGCUUAAUAUUUUUAAGAAAUUUAUAAUAUUAUUAAUGAUGAAUUGCUUUAUUUUGAUGGCAGGAUAGAACUUAAAGAGUUAUAAUUUGAGAUUGUAAUGCUUAUAUAUGAUUAUAUCAUAACCCCUACAAGAGUAUUGAAUAGAAAAUUGUCUAAUAAAACUAUUUGUGUUAUGCAACAAUUAAAUUGGAUUUAUUAGACUGGAUCAAUUUAAACAAAGUAAAAAUAAUUAAAAGAUUUGAAGAAAUAUAUUAAAUAAAAUCAUAGUUAAUAAUUAUAACUUGAUCUUGAUUACCUUUCUGAUCUAUUUAUUUCAACCAAAUUGAAAUUAUUAAUGAAAAUGAUUCAACAAAUAAAUGUUCUUUAAGAUUCUGAUAUCAAAUUUGAAUAUUUUAAUUUUCAUGCAUUUUCAUUUUAAGAUUAGGAUAUAAUCUAAUAAUGUCUAAAAUAAGAGGAUGGUCAUUUUUUAAAUAUUUACCAUGAACCUUCAAUUGAUGAAUAAUAAAUAAAUAUCUAAUAGGUUUUCUUUCAAUUUAAUCAUGUUAUUGAAUUUGCAGCUCAUUGUGAAAUGGAUCUUAAUAAGAAUGCUUAAAAUAAUAGUUUAGAGUAAUACUUUUCUUCAUUAUAUUAGGGAACUAAAGAAUAAGAUAAAGGACUCAAUAUAAUCUCUUGCAAAUUAAAUAACAUCAACUAAAACAAUUACAAAAUUAUAAGCUUUACUGAAUCAGAUUUUUUGGUUUUAAAAAUUAAAUGGGAAUACUUUUCCUGUUUUAUAUCAAUAUAACUAAGAAAUUAAUGAUAUACAAUUGAAAAAAUAAGAUAUUAUUGGUUAUGAAGAGGUAGUUCCUAAUUUAUAUUUAUUAUUAUUGAAUUUUGAUUAGGAAAAGGAUAAAGAUAUAUUAUUCUAAAAGAAAGUUAAAGAAAUAACAGAGUUAAUAUCUGAAGAUUAUGCUGUUGAUUUUAGUGAUUUGAUUAAAGAAAUAGAAUAAUUUGAUUAAAAAAAUAAAACAGCAUUUAUAAAAAAUGCUAAAUAAUAUUAUUAUAAGGAUUUCAAGGUACAUCUCUUAAAUUUAGUACAAUAUGGCACAAAAUAGUUCUAAGAAGCAAUAAACUAUUUAAUUUAAUAAGUAGAUCCAUGA